CAACCUUAAAUUUGACCUUUGUAACUUGCUCUCCUCACGUUUACACCAUGGGAAGGCCAUCCUCUACGGUCGAAAUCCCUUACCAACGCCAUCGACACAACGAUGGCCGCACACCUGACUCCGAUGUCUCCGACUAUCGCCGACGCCGUAGCCCUAGCUACGACUCAUACGAUCGUCACAGAGACCAUCGCCGCCGCCGAAGAUCCAAAUCGCCUGAAAACAGAAGCCCUAGACACGACAAUGGAGCUCCAAACGGCAACACUCUUCCAAAGAAAUUCGGCCGCCGAAAUGGUUCAUAUCUUGAUCGAGACCGUGGAGAUUGGCGUCGUUCCGAGUCUGAUUCUGAUGAGGAGUUGAAGGGUUUGAGUUUCGAGGAAUACAGAAGGCUGAAGAGGCAAAAGAUGAGGAAGUCGCUUAAGCACUGUAUCUGGAACGUUACACCGAGUCCUCCGAGACGCGAGAACGAAGAUCUCGAAGAUUAUAACAAAGCUGAAGAAAUUUCCGUGAAAUUAGAAAAGGAGGUCAAACUGAAAGCAAAAUCUGAAUCCGCAUCUGAAGAAUCUGAGGAUAGUGAAUUGGACGAUGCACGUUUGAGGAAGAAGAGAAGAAAAAGUUCCGCUAGUUCUUCUAAGAAAUCGCUUAGCGACAGUGAUUCGGAAGAAAAAGAGGAUCGUAAGCGGAUAAAGAGUAGGAGGCAUAGCGAUAGCGAUAGCGAAUCGGAAGAAGAGGAAGAUCGGAAACGGAGAAAGAAUAAGAAGUACAGCGACAGCGAAUCCGAUGAAGAAGAAGAUAGGAAGAGGAGAAGGAGAAGGAGAAGGAAGAGUAGUAGAAGGAAAAGGAACAGGGGCAGGAAGAAAAGAAGGUAUAGUGAUUCAGAAGAGAGUGAAGAAAGUGAAAGUGAUGAAUCUGAUGAUAGUGCAAAAAAGAAGAAGCGUUCUUCUUCUUCUAGGUCUCGAUCGACACGGAGCAGAAAAAGAACAAAGAAAAGUUCUGAAGCGGAAAGUGAGAGUUCGGAAGAGAAUGAGUCAGGUUCUGAUUCUGAUGGUACUAAGAAUAAAGCUGCAAUUGUUGAUGAAGUGAAGAUGGCUGAGAUUAAUGCUGAGGCUCUAAAGUUAAAGGAAUUGUUUGAAUCACAGAAGAAACCUGCUUUGGAUGACGAACCACAGGUUGGGCCAAUGCCUCUGCCCAAAGCAGAAGGGCAUAUCAGCUAUGGUGGUGCCCUUAGGCCUGGUGAAGGAGAUGCUAUUGCGCAAUACGUUCAACAAGGGAAACGUAUUCCUCGUAGAGGAGAAGUGGGUCUUUCUGCAGAAGAGAUUUCAAAGUUUGAGGAGCUUGGUUAUGUGAUGAGUGGUAGCAGGCAUCAGAGGAUGAAUGCAAUUCGUAUAAGGAAAGAAAACCAGGUUUAUAGUGCCGAAGACAAGCGUGCUUUGGCUAUGUUUAACUAUGAAGAGAAGGCCAAAAGGGAGCAUAAGGUUAUGGCUGAUCUGCAGCGGCUGGUGCAGCGCCACAUUGGACAGGAUGUUGGGCCAACUCAUGAUCCUUUUGGUGCAAAAGAUGGUGCCGAUGACUGAUAUUCAUGUAUGUCAGCUUGUGUACUGUCCCUUUUUUGUAGUUGAUUUUGUUCUGCUGGCUAUGUUAUGUAGACAACAUGUUAAGACUGAGAAAAUAGAGAUAAAUGAAGUUAUUGUCUUCAUUAACUUAGCAUUUGGAUAUUCAGACAGUUUACGAUUUUCAAAGUGAACUAAUAGUAGCCAACUAUAGCUUUGCUUAACCCCUAGUAAUAGUGUAUAAACAGCUCGGUUAAUAUGGUUUGUAUCUUUUUAUGUGAAAUUGCUAUGGUAGAUUUAUCAUUGAUUGCAACUUG